AAUGAUGGUCGUUCCCGCUAUUUCUCAUUGAAAUAGAAAUCAAUUUAAAAUUGUAUAAAAGAAUAAGUAAAUCGCAAAACUGUAUUAUUAUUUUUAUUUUUAAUUAUCUCGUAUCUGGCUAGUACCUCCAUUAUGACGAGUUCUGUCAGUACAAAUCCAUCGACGCUAUUGCCCUUAGAAUUAGUUGACAAAUGUAUUGGUUCUCGUAUACACAUUAUUAUGAAAAAUGAUAAAGAAAUUGUCGGCACAUUGUUGGGUUUUGACGACUUUGUAAAUAUGCUUCUGGAAGAUGUGACAGAAAGCGAAGCAACUCCUGAAGGCCGAAGAGUAACUAAACUUGAUCAAAUUUUACUCAACGGAAGUAAUAUUACAAUGCUUGUACCUGGUGGAGAAAUGCCUGAUACAUAAAAUAAAACAUUUGCUAUGUUUUGUACAAUAAAAAUAUAAGCAUUAAUUUAAACGUACAUACUAAAGAUAAGAAACAUGGGAGAAAAAGAUAUUAUUUAAAUAAACAGUGCUAAGCAAUCA